GUGGCGAUCGGCAAGGCCGUUCAACGUUUUCGUUCGGGAACAUCGUUGCGUCUGCUGGUCCGGCGUCUAGAAGCUCGAAAACCGGCUGCCGGUUUCACGUUUCACUUUCGGAGGAUUAUACAUCGCGGACGGACCAGGUCGUUCGUGAUCAACGUUUCAUAAAAUGGUGGUGGAACAGGCAAUCAUCGUUAGGGAUGCCAAGAAACGAUACGGGAGCGGAACACCGGUUCUGAAUGGUUUCAAUCUGAAUGUUCCAAAAGGGUGCAUAUAUGGCUUACUUGGGCCCAGUGGCUGUGGCAAAACCACGCUACUCUCCAGCCUGGUUGGCGUUCGGAAGAUGGACAGCGGCGAACUUUGGGUUCUCGGCGGUAAACCAGGCACCGUGGAAUCGGGCAUUACACGGGUCGGUUACAUGCCCCAAGAAAUUUCGUUGGUCGACGAGUUUUCUGUGAUCGGCGCGCUCUAUUUCUUCGGCAGGAUUAAUGGCAUGGAGGAUUAUACAAUCGAGGAUAGGUACUUGUUCCUAAAGGAUCUGCUUCAACUACCCCCAAGGGAUCGUCUAGUGAGGAACAUGAGCGGUGGCCAACAAAGAAGAGUGUCCUUCGCGGCUGCGUUGGUCCAUCAGCCAGAACUUUUGAUCCUGGACGAGCCUACGGUCGGUCUGGAUCCUGUUUUAAGGGACAAUAUUUGGGACCACUUGGUGAAAAUCACGCGGGACGAAGGAGUCACCGUCAUCAUCACCACGCAUUAUAUCGAGGAGGCAAAGCAGUGUAACAAGAUUGGAUUAAUGAGAUGCGGACAACUGUUGGCUGAAUCAUCGCCGAGCGAGCUGCUCGAGCAAUGUCAAACUGAUUCCCUGGAGGAAGCGUUUCUGAGCUUGAGUCAAAUGCAGGCGCAGAAUCAGGGCCAGGCUGUCGGACAAACGCCGACAGGCGUUUCUGGGAUCAGCAACGUCAUCACCCUGGACGCGAUUUACAGGAAUUAUCCAACAAAAAAUACAGAGGUACGUCGAAGCAGCACGAAGAAAAAAUGCCAUGCUCUGCUGAUGAAAAACGCCCUUCAGUUCCUACGUCACCCAGGCGGUGUCCUUUUCUCGGUGUUGUUGCCGAUACUACAAGUCACAUUGUUCUUCAACUCGUACGGCCUAGACCCCAAAGAUCUCGCGAUUUCCGUCGUGAACGAGGAGGCCGGGAACUGUAAUCACGGGAGAAAUCGUGGAAACGUUACGUACAACCAAAACGAAUUCACGUGCAACUUUGUUGAUCUCAGCUGCAGAUUUACUGGUGGAUUUAACGAUUCUCUGUUGAAGAAGUUGUAUUACGAUGACUACAGUAAAGCUGUGGACGAAAUAACAACGGAGCACAGUGUCGGAGUAAUGCACUUCAGUAGAAAUUUCUCGUACGCUCUGCAAGCGAAGUUGGACGACUUUUUAUCAAUAUCGGACGCAGAUUUAAUAGCGGGUCAGAUAGAUGUUUCGCUUCAUACACCAGACAGACAAAUAGGUUUGUUCGUGCAAAAAGAACUUUUCGAGAUGUUUCAAAGGGAGUACAAGAAAGUCUUGAAGGAGUGUGGAAUCACUCCGAAAUUCGCGGACGUACCGAUACAUUUCGAAGAUCCUGUAUAUGGAAAAAAGGAUCAGAAGUACAUCACAUUUAUCACGGCGCCUUUUAUAUUAUCAUUAGUGUUUAUCCUGGCAACGUCAAUUUCCUCAAGUAUAAUCAUUACUGAUCGACAUUCGGGCGUGUGGGAUAGAAGUUUAGUUCAAGGUGUCACAACAGCGGAAAUAUUAAUUACACACCUCAUCUCACAAGUGAUAGUGAUUGUCAUUCAAGUCGCCGCGGCGCUGUGUAUCAGCUUCUUGCAAUUUGACGUGGAGUGCAAAGGGUCACUAGCCACUGUCAUUUGGCUGGGGAUACUCGACGGUGUUUGUGGCAUGUCUUACGGCUUUUUAAUAUCGGUGAUGUGCACGUCCACUGCUCUUGUCAAUUAUGCGUCCGUGGGAAGUUUUUAUCCAUUGGUGCUUCUCUGUGGACUUAUUUGGCCAGUGGAGGGGAUGCCAAAGUUUCUCCGAUGGUUCAGCUUGAGUUUACCAUUGACGUUGCCCGGUAUCUCGUUGAGGGGCGUUCUGGAGAAGGGAAGUUCCGUGAACGAACCGGAAGUGUACCAAGGGUUUCUGGUUCUCGCAGCGUGGAUCGUAGGCUUCAUAUCGCUCUGCCUGUUCCAAUUAAGGUCGAAGUCCACGUGAGGAACGGGGUGGGUGAUCAUAGGACGAAACAAAUUCGACAAGUAGUACAGUUUGGUGCAAAUUAGUGAAGACGAACGUACGUUUUCACGCGUGUCACAGGGUUCGCGAUUAGGUUUAACCUAAUUCCGUUAGUUUAGCGUAGUCACGGGGGAAUUUAGUAUUUUCUUUUUACACGACAUUGUAAUGUACACUGUAUAUGUUU